AUGUUUAAUAUUGAAUUUGAUUAGGAUAUUGAAUUAAGAGCUGUCUAAAAUGAAGAUUUUGAACAAUAGUAUCUUGAUCAUUGCUUAAGGGAAUCGAGAAAUUAACCCAAUACUACCUACCCUCGUAUAAGCAGAAGCAUUAGUUCAAAAAGUAUUGAAGCUGAAUGUCUUCAUAAAAUACCAGAAACCCCAUUUGAUGAGAUUAUUACAUCUGCUUAAAGUUCAGAACUUCUUAGUCGUAGGUUUUGCUAACAUAAUGAAAGAAGGGGAAGCGUUCCUACAGGGACUAGUUUGAUGUGCAGUUUUUAUAUUAGGAGAUUCAUUGAAAAAAUUUCUUAAAGUAGGAAGAGAAUAUUGAGUAUGAAUGAGAUCCAUUUUAAUUUGAUAGAAGAUAGAGCUGCUGAUAUGUAAAAUUUAUUCAAUUACUAACAUCAAUGCAAAAAGCAAGGAUCGUCUUUAGGCAGAAUGAAGGCUUUCCUUAGGAAAGAUACUGGAAUUAGGAAUAAAAGUAUCCUUGAAUAGAUGAAAUCGAGAGUUAAAAUAAUCAAGAAAAACUGUUUCGAUCUAAUUACUACUGUAGUAAACAAGAUUCCAAUAAUAUAACCGGAAUCACGUUUUAAAAUGAUUUGGGACUUCUUUGCUUCUUUUUUUAGAAUUAUUUUAGUAUUGCUCAUUCCAUUGGAAAUAGCAUUUGAACCUGGGAUAUUGUUUCUGCAUUAUAUAUAUUUGACUGCUUUAAUCAUUGUAAUUCUGCAGAUUGACUUUCUCAUAAGAAUAAACACUUUAUCAUAUAGGAAUGGAGCUGCAAUUCAAAAUAGAUGGGAUUUAUUGAUAUAUCAAUUGAAAUAGGAAUUUUUGACCGAUUUUUCUACAUCAUUUGUGCUUAUAAUUUUUAUGAUUGUACCAGAAAUCAAUAACAAAAUUAAUUUAUUUUUACUUGUUGUUUUAGCUUAAUAUAAAUAUAUUUACGAGACUUUUGCUAAGAGUGAUCAAAUUUCUUAUUUAACAAGACCCUUAAGAGGAGUAAUAGGCUUGAUAAAAUUUAUAUUGACAUUAUUGUUUAUUCUCCAUCUUUUUAGUUGUAUUUGGUUUUGGUUUAGUCAAAUAAGUAUGGAGGAUUCUUGGAUAAGAUUUAAUGGUUUAGAUCUGAAAUCAUGGGAGUUGUAAUACUUGGAAGCGUUGUAUUUUGCAGUAGUUACUAUGUUAACAAUUGGGUAUGGAGACAAUGUUCCAAAAAACUCUAUAGAGAAGAUUGUGACGAUAAUCUUCAUCUUAGGGGCAUGUUUGUGGUUCUCUUAUAGCGUCAAUUUCAUUGGAGGAAUAAUCAACGAUAUCACUUAAAAUUAAGUUGAGAGAAAUAGAAAAAUGAGAGUUAUCAAUAAAUAUAUGGAUCAAAGAAGGAUUCCAUUUAAUAUGAAACACAAAAUAAAAGAGUAUUUGACAUUCAGAUGGAAAGAAGAUGAUGAAGUUGAUCUGGAGAUUGAAUAAACUCUAUUAGAAUAGUUGUCUGAUGAACUUAAGGAAGAAUUGGAUAAGGAAGUGCACAAAAUAUUUAUUAAGAAAUCAGCAUUUCUUUCAAAUUUUGGAGAGGAUUUUAAGGAUGCUCUAUCAAAGUCAAUCAAAAGAAAAAUUAUUCCACCACAAAACACAUUUUCAAUUGAUUUUGAUGGUUAAUAACAUUUGUGUUUUGUAGAAUAGGGAAUUUUACUUUAUUAACAUCCUGAUAGAAAGCAAAGAUCAAAAAUGAAUUCCUAAAUACAGCAAGAAUAGUUUUUUUGUGUGAGAGAAUUUAUAAUUCAAAGUCCAAAUAUUGAGUUCUUCAAAUCUAACGGCUAUGUCAGUUUGUUAAUACUUUCUAAAAAGGAUUUUAUGGACACAAUAAAGAAUUACCCUGAGGACUUCUAAAAGUUUUGUGAAUUAAAAGAAUAAAUGAAUUUAAAUCUCUAUCCUCCUUAAAUAGAGAAUGGAGUAUUUUGUCCAGCUUGUCUGUUAUUUAAUCAUAACUUGAAAAGUUGUCCUCAAAUUUAAUACAUUCCUGAUAGGGAAGUUAUCUUAAAAAAGUAUUUGUUACCAGGAGAAUAGAAACGGAAAUAUCAAAGUAGAGAAAACUCUAAGAGAUUUUAAAGUGAUUAAACUAUAAGAAGAGCAAGAUUUGAGAAGGAUUUGAUUUAGUAAUUUGCUCAGGUAUUCUAAACUGAAAAUAUUAAUUUGAUUUAAGAAUAAUAAAAAAUUCAAUUAGUUUAUGAAUAAGAAUCAAUGAGUUCAAGUGCUGAGAAUAGUGCUUGCUUUAAAGUUCAGAAUGAUGGCAGGUUUUAAGCAGCAGUAUCAAAAUCAAAGAGAAUUAUAAGUGAACCACAAAGUUAAGGGUCUAGUACUCCAAAAAUAAAUGGUGUUAGGUCCAAUCUCCAUCAAGCAUUGUAAAAUAGAAAAUAAUCAAUAUUUAAUUUAAAUAUAUCUUCAGGAUUGGGGAGAAGUCCAAAGGGGAUGCUUCUUUGUUAGCCAGACUAUAUCAAGGAAGGAAAGGAGAGUGAGGAGAGUAGUAAUAGUAGUGAUGAUAGUGAGAACAAAGAAGAGAAACAGGAAAAGAAUGGAUUGACAGUUUCAGAUUUCAAUGAUAAUAUGAUAGAGAAUAUAACCAAUUUAUACCAUCAACUUUAGAGGGAAUUGGAACUCAAUGAAAACGAUCAAACUAUUUAGAAGGCUUACUUUUAGAUCGAACCUCUUUAUUGGUAAUUUAAUUAGCAGAGAUUGUAUGACUUUGAAGUUAUGACAUCGUAUGAUUGUUUCUUUAAAAAUGAUAAUUUUAAUGAAAUCAUAAAACAUAGUCAUAAUAAUAAUUCGAAUUGGUAAUUACUAUUUCUUGAAAAAUUACAAAAAUAUAUGCUUUAUCCAUUUGUUUUUAUUUAAAAAUACCUCAAUAAAAAAAGGAAUGUGAUCAAUCCUCAAAAAAUAAAACAUGACUCUUCCAAGAGAUUGAAUAAUAGACUGAAAACUUUGAAAAAUAGUUUGAAAUUGAAAAAGAAAUCAGUGAUAGUCAAACCAAUUUAGAAAUUAGGGUAAAUAGUUCCAGAAAUAUGA